UUUGAAAUGAACAGUCAAAGUAUGUCAAGACUUGAGACAUCAGAGACUUCAGAGACAUCAGAUGAUGAAACUUCAAGCAGAAGGGAUGACAGCUUCAUUAAUGAUCAAGGCAUAUUUAGUUAUGAUGAGGGAUCAUCUGACCAGACUGAGAAGUUAUCUGUUGAAGAUACGAUUGACUUAGUUGCAGGUCACGUGCACACUAAACCAUCGACAGCAAAAGUCAUACCUGAUGAGUUGGAUAUGGAAAAUGCAGUUGAUGAUGCUAUCGGUGGAGAAUUACAAGCAGUUUCUUCUUGUGAAUCUACUGAAGAUAGACAAAAAGACAGUGAUCUGCAGCAGUCUCCAAAGGCUUCUCAAACAUCAGAAGAUGCUGAUUGCUUGUCUCUGAGUCAGUGGUUUGCUGUGCUGCUGCUAAAGCUUCAAUUAAAGUACCAUGUUAGCAAUAUGGUGAUGAUUCUUUUUAUGAAAAUUAUUGUGGUCUUACUAGCAGUGGUAACUCAUCCUCUGCAACACCAUUUUCCUACAACAAUGCAGAAACUGCUUGCAUGUUCCCGGAUUAGCAAACAUCCUAAAUCGGCUGUCACUUAUGUUGUCUGUUCAGGGUGUUCACACUUGUAUAUCUUUGACGAUUGCAAAAUGGUAAAGCCACUAGAUUAUUGCGAGCAACACUGCCAGCAAAGAAUUCGUAGAAAAGUAUGCAAUGAGCCGCUUCUUUACAAAAAGAAUCUUAGCUUUGGCAAUUUCGAAUGGGUUCCUUUCAAGACAUUUUGCUAUUACCCUCCUUUGGAGCUUCUGAAAACUUUCUUUUUAAGAGACAGCAGUUUGUGGAUUUGCUAG